UCGUCGCCGUGCGCUGACCUUCCCUGCCCUGCCCUGCGCCGUCCUGCCAAUCGGACCGCCGAGGGCGCCGAGCACGUCCUCGCCUCGCACGCUUCAGCCACAGCACGCGCCUGCCCGGGUCGACUCAGGAGAAGCAAGUCCAAGCACCCCACGCCGCGAAACACGGUGGAGCAGACGUCUGCACGCUCCCUGCGUUCACGAGCUGCGAGCAACCCAGCCAGCCCGACGCACUGCGGCAUCCCGCACGUGAAGCCUGCACGGCAGACAUGAUGCACGAGAGCCGCUAGGCAGCGUACUCGGCCCCUUCCCGCUCCCACCAGCAAUCCCCCCCCCUCCCCCGGACCCCGAACGUCGACCUCUCCUCGGCACAGCACAGCACAGCACAGCGCGAGAGGGCCGCGGUUUCUCGAGAGCGCGAGAGGACGGCCGCCGCACACGGCCCGCGCAUUGCCAUGGACAGCAAAGGCCGGCAGUCGUCCACGUCCAAGUUCUUUGGGCGCCGACACAAGGACAAGCCCAGCAGCAGCGACACGCGCCCGCCCGCCCCCUCCUCGUCAGACUCGCCGCCGGGCAGCGCCCACCGCCACUCCUCGAGCCAGGCCAGCAUCGACCGUCCCGUGUCGCUGAGCGCCGAGGGCAUCUUCGCCAAGGCCGGCCCCAUCAGCCUCUUCGACGCGACCCAGCAAGUCGAGCCGCACCACCUGAACCAGGGCGGCGGCGACUUCCACCAGUACCCCGUCUUCGACGCGACGCAGAUGCCCGCCAAUGGCUACGACCGCGGCGUCACCAGGAGCCGCGAUGGCCUGCCGCGCCCGCCGCCGCACGCCGGCACGACCAUGACCACGCAGGACGCGAGCGACCGCGGCGUGAGCAUGCAGCAGUGGGGCGCGCGAGACAGCAGCCGCACGCACGGCUCGAGCGACCAGGCGUCGGUCUACUCCAACGAGUCGCGCACCCGCGGCAACAGCUUCUACUCCCCCAAGAGCAACUCGCAGACGACCUUCUCGUCCCUCGGGCUCGACGCUGCCAGCCUGCUGCCCAUGGCGGCGUCGACCCCGCGCGACUCGCACCGCCACAACGUGCUGCACCCGGCCCACACGUCGCCCUUCAACUCCAGCGCGAGCCUCGGGCAGAAGGGCUUCGACAUUGAGCGCCCGCCUGACCACGUGGUCGAGAAGGAGUUCAUGAACCUGAUGGUCAAGCGCGGCUGGAAGAGCCUGCCCGAGCAGGCCCGCCGCCAGAUGGAGGCCUACAAGAUUGACAAGAAGUGGACCCUCGUCUACCAGGACAAGCUGGCCGAGCACAAGCACGAGGAGAAGAAGCGCCAGACGCAGCGCAACACGGGCCUCUACGGCGGCGGCGCGAACCCAGACAUACUGAUCCGUGCAGAGGAGGAGGGCUCGCCCGAGUGGUACGUCAAGAAGGUCAUGGACAACUCCAUCACCAACAAGCAGAUGUCGAGUCUGGAGAUCAGCCUGCGGACCCAGCCCAUCGCCUGGGUCCGCGGCUUCAUCGAGGCACAGGGCCAGAUCGCCCUCACGAAUGUGUUGACCAAGAUCAACCGCAGAAAGGGAACCGGCCCGGCCCCGCCCCCGAGCGCCUUCAACCAGAAGACGGAGAACGACGUCGAGCGCGAGUACGAGAUUGUCAAGUGCCUCAAGGCUCUGAUGAACAACAAGUAUGGCGCAGACAAUGCUCUGAACCACCCGUCCAUCAUCCAGGCCCUGGCAGGAUCCAUGAUCUCCUCGCGCCUCAACACACGGAAGCUCGUCUCUGAUGUCCUGACCUUCUUGUGCCACUGGGGCGAAGGCGGCGGCCACGAAAAGGUGCUGAACGCGCUUGAUAACCUCAAGGCGCAGUAUGGCGAAAACGGCCGCUUCGACGCUUGGAUGCGCGUCGUCGAGGUCACGGUCGAUGGACGCGGCAAGAUGGGAUCCAUGGUUGGCGCCUCGGACGAGGUUCGCAGCGGAGGAAUCGGUGUCGAGAACCUGUUGAUGGAAUACGCCAUUGCGACGCUGUUCUUCAUCAACAUGAUUGUCGACGCCCCGAAGCGCGACCUGCAGCUCAGGAUGCACAUCCGCGCGCAGUUCACAGGAUGCGGUAUCAAGCGCAUCUUCAAGAAGAUGGAGGGCUUCCAGUACGACGUCAUUGAUAAGCAGAUCGAGCAGUACAUGGCCAACGAAGCCGUCGACUACGAGGACUUCCUGGAGCGCGAGAACAGCUCCGUGGUGGACAGUGUCGACGGAGGAGAAAUCAAGGACUUGAACGACCCUGCGCAGAUUGCAGAGGCCAUUCAAGCCAAGGUUGGCGGGACCCGUGCGAACGACUACUUCCUCUCUGCCAUGCAGCAUCUGCUGCUGAUCCGCGACACGGAGAGCGAAGAUCGGAACAGGAUGUUCCAGCUCGUCGAUUCGAUGCUGAGCUACGUGGCUAUGGACCGCCGACUGCCGGAUAUGGAUCUGAAGCAGAGCCUGAACUUCACUGUCCAGUCUUUGCUCGACAAGCUGUACACUGAUGGCGAGGCCCGUCAGAUUCGCGAUGAAGCCAAUGCUGCGCGACAAAUUGCCGAUUCAGCUCUUGCUGAACGUGACCAAGUCAGGGCAGAGCUCGAACUAGGCGCAGACGGCCUCGUGCAGAAACUGCAGAAGCAGGUCGCUGAGCAACAACGCAUCAUUGAUCUCCGCGGCAGGCAGGUCGAGCAGAUGAAGGCCGAGCUUGCGGAGAUGCAGAGAAUACGGGCACAAGAGCUGCAGCGUAACGAGCUCGAGACCCGAGAGCUAUAUCUGAUGCUGAGAGAUGCUCAAGAUGUGGCCGCCUCGGCUGCUAAGAAGUCUGGCAAGGACGGUCUGGGCGCGUCUGAUCCCACGCAGAUGCAGGGCAUCAUGGAUCGCGAGCGCCUGAUGAACAGACUCGAGAUACAGCUUCAGCGAGCCAAGACUCAGGCUACUCUCGAAGGCAAGACUCUCCAAAUGGUUGCGCCGAGCGAGAAGCUGCGAGAGCUCAGAGAGAAGAUGGACGGUGAGAUUGGCGAGAUGCCAGAAGGCUAUGGCGAUGGUCUGCAGCCCAACUCCUUUGGCUCUGUUCGCGCGAAGAGCGGCGUACCUCGCAGAAAGCCUGUACCUGGCGGUACGGGUGGUGAAGACGAGAUCAUGUACGACGUCAAUGAAGACGACGAGGACGUGGUGAUUGAGAAGCCGCGUCUCAUUCAGAUGCACAAGCCGAAGCUCAGUGCGUCGACCGCCAAUGCCCUCAUGGGCGAGAUCGCAUCUACCGUGCCAAAGUACGAGGGCGACGAAGCUCCUGCGAACGGUGCUCCUGCGAACGGUGCUCCUGCGAAUGGUGCUCCUGCUGGAGCAAUCCCACCUCCACCACCACCGCCUCCUGGUGCCCUCGGAGUCCCUGCUGGUCCUGCUGGGAUUCCUCCUCCACCCCCACCACCUCCGGGUGCUCUUGGAUUUCCCGCAGACAUACCUCCUCCGCCGCCUAUGCCCGGCACUAAUGCUAAUAUUCCUCCACCUCCUCCGCCACCACCUCCUGGCAAGCUUGGCUUUGGCGCCCCAGGUAUCCCGCCACCGCCACCAAUGCCGGGAGCGCCUCCACUGCCAGGCGAUGGCAGCAUGCCUCCGCCGCCACCGCCGCCGCCUAUGCCGGGAAUGAAGCGACCCGGAUUCUUGCCAAAGGCUGGCUUCAAUGCUCCGGGAUCUAUGGCCCUGUCCGGGCCUCGACCGAAGAAGAAGAUGAAGGCCCUUCAUUGGGACAAGGUCGAUGCGCCGAGCUCUACCGUGUGGGCCACUCACGGUCUCACAGCAGAAGAGAAGGAAGAAAAGUACCAGGAGCUUGCGAAGAAGGGUGUACUCGAUGAAGUCGAGAAGCUCUUCUUGGCCAAGGAGAUCAAGCAGAUAGGCAAGAAGGGCUCAAAGAAGGAAGAGAAGAAGCAGAUCAUCUCCCGCGACCUGCUGCACAACUUCCAGAUCAGCAUGGCGAAGUUCUCACAGUACCCUGUCGAAGAGCUGGUCAACAUGAUCAUCCACUGUGACAAGAGGAUCCUGGAUGAUGGCGUGGUCAUGGAGUUCUUGCAGAAGAACGACUUCUGCGACGUUCCUGACAACACCGCCAAGCUCAUGGCGCCGUACUCCAAGGACUGGACCGGACCCAACCCAGCCGAGACCAAGCGCGAGCAAGACCCUAACGAGCUUACUCGAGAGGAUCAGAUCUACCUGUACACGGCGUACGAAUUGCACUACUACUGGAAGAGUAGGAUGAGGGCGCUCGCUCUGACACGCACGUACGAGACCGACUACGACGAAAUCUCGAACAAGCUCCUUGAAAUCUCGCGUGUCGCAGACAGUCUGCGGAGCUCGUCCAGCCUGAUUAGUGUUCUGGGUCUCAUUCUGGACAUUGGCAACUUCAUGAACGAUGCCAACAAGCAGGCCAACGGUUUCAAGCUCUCCACGCUGUCUCGCUUGGGCAUGCUCAAGGACGACAAGAACGAGUCUACCUUCGCCGAUGUGGUUGAGCGUAUUGUGCGCAAUCAGUAUCCCGGCUGGGAAGACUUUACCGAAGAGAUCGGCGGCGUUGUUACAGCGCAGAAGAUCAAUGUCGAACAGCUGCAGACGGAUGCGAAGAAGUACAUCGACAACAUCAAGAACAUCCAAAUGUCGCUUGACGCAGGUAACUUGUCUGACCCGAGCAAGUUCCACCCCGAAGACAAGGUCUCCAUUGUUGUGCAGAGAAGCAUGAAAGAAGCCCGGAGAAAGGCUGAGCAGAUGCAAGUCUUCCUCGAGGACAUGCAGAAGAGCUACGACGAUAUCAUGGCCUUCUACGGUGAAGAUGCCACCGACGACUCUUCGCGCCGCGACUUUUUCGCAAAGCUGGCCAACUUCGUUCAGGAGUGGAAGAAAUCCAAGGAGAAGAACGUCGGUCUCGAGGAGCAGCACCGCCGCAACGAGAUCUCUAUGCGUCGCAAGCAGCAACAAGCCGGCCCCCUGUCGCCGUCCGCCACCUCCGACGACGGCGCACCCAAGUCGCCCGCCAGCACUGGCGCCAUGGACGACCUUCUCCAGAAACUACGCGCCGCGAAGCCCGAAGCGAGAGACCAGCGCGACCGCCGCCGCCGUGCCCGCCUCAAGGACCGCCACCAGGUGCGCGUUGCCUCCGGGCAGCAGAUACCCGAGAUUGGCGUCAACAUGGAGGGCGAAGGCGAGGCUGCAGAAGAGGGCGAGGCUGCGGAGAAAGCGAACUUGCUUUCCCCAACCAGCGAGACAAACGAGUCCGAGACGAGUAUUGGUGCACUCACCAGCCCAACCGCGCCCGGCGCAGACGUCGCAGACCGCGCUGCGGCAAUGCUAGAAGGUCUCCAGCGCCCGGAAGGUCUCAACAAAGACGGCAGUCUCUCCGUGCGCCGGCGCCGCGAGUCCGCGGACAGCGAGCGCGAGCGCAGAAGACGACGACGACAGCAAGCCACUAGCAAGGCCAGCGAAGAUGGCGGGCUGAUGAGCCCGAGUAUCCCCGAGGAAAGAGAGUUGGAUGGCGCGAGUGACGCCGGUGGUAGCGUCGCUGGCGAUCGUCCGGAAACACGAGAUGGCGAGGAGAGACCGGUUACGAGGGGCAGCGACGAGAUGCCGACAACGCCCACGACGGUGGUGGUACCACCCAGUCCGGAGCACAAGAGUAGGGAGCUGCCUACGCCACCGCCUGAUGAGGCAUAGAUGUAGCCACUUAGAUCAGCGAAUGGUCUAGAGGUGGCUGUGAAUUGGAAGAGGAGGAUGGGAGGUUCUUGGUGUGUUUGGAGGGUGCAAGAAAGACGUCUGAUUUCGCAAAUACCCGUUCCGUUGUUGUGGGACAUUUUCCAUGUAUACCUUUAACUUGAACGUUGGGCUAGACCAUCUCAGCAUUGUUGGGCGCGAGGUUCAAUGCGCUGGUAUUUCGAGUGGAGUAGGGCGAUUGGCAGCAUUGUAAGUGCGUAUAUGUUGGACGGCUAGGAUAUCUGCAUUGCGAGAAGUAAUAUUUGUCGACUUCAA